CUCCACCUGUUGAUCAUCCUUACGUCUUCUAGGUUUGCCUCUUCUCGACUCUUCUGCUUCAUUCCGCUUCUCUCAUCCAAAAAAAUUAAUCGCUGCUUCUCAAACUCUCUCUGUCUCGCACCGCCACCACGAGGCGCUGCAGCCACUCAAAGGCUGGGUCUCCAAAGGCGUUGUUUUGUAAAACCCUCUCUACUCAAGGCAAGUAAUUUCGUGCCCAAUUUGGAAUUUAAAUCUAUUUACUUUUUUAAGUUGAUUUGGGGUUACUGAAAUCAGCUAUGGAAAAUCUGCCAUCGUCUGAGAAAUCUCAAGAUUCCAGUAUUCAAAUUUUGGGUUCUCUUCAGAUUUCACAAUUGUGAACUUGGCAGCCAGUGCAACUGGUUACAGAGCUUCCUAACUCAAAGCCAUCAACAACUUAUUGGCCCUUGCAGUUGGAUUAAAGCAAAAGAAAAGUGUGAACAGGAUUUUCUUAUCAAGUGCUUCUCCACCAGUUCACCUAGACGAUUGCCACCACCAGUUCACCCAAAUCCAAUGAAUUGCGCCGCACCACCAAUAGAAAGAAGGGGGAAUGUCCGAAUUGGAGAAAGGUGCAGUUAAGGCUGUUCAAGAUCUUUAUGACGUUGUGCACCAUGACAUCCUUUCUAUGGACCUGAGGAAAAACUACGAGACAUGGGAAUUGUUGUCAAAUGCAAGGACAGAAGGUCGUGUAUUUGCAAAGUUGAAGUGGCCCAAGGACCGAGUUGUGAUGAUACAAAAGCUCCAUAGAAAACAUAUCAGCUUUCGACUCAAAUUUCGAUGGUGCCCCUAUCAUCUCUCCAAAAACCAAAGCAACCCAAAGCAAUUCCAGAAUCAUUUUUACGUGUCCCAAAAUACAGUGUGUAUAUAUUCAUCUCAAAUUUAUUCAUCUCACAAACAUUCAUAUCACAAACAUUCAUAUCAAGUUCGUAGUUUUUCAUUGUUCUCAAUUCCACACUACUCAAUGUUUAAUAACACUUUUAUUUUCCUCUAUUUACUUUUUUUAUUAGUGAUGUUGCAGCAAAGGAAAUAUCAGACACAACUCUUACUCCAAAGGCUCCAACCAGAAAUGUAUAAGAUUCCCCAAGCAUUUCUGAAACCAUAUUUAUGGCUGCAAAACAGAAUAAUACGGCGUAAUCGGGAUCCUCAAGGCCAUUGGUGGACUACAAAUUGUUUGGUCGGUUUCAUUAGGCAUAUUGCUUCCCUUGCCUAUCAUUGUCACGAGCCCCAUGAUCAGGUUGAUCAUGAUUGUCAGGAGGCCCAUGAUUAGAAUCGUCAUCACCUUUAUAAUGAUUGUCACGAGGCUCAUGAUCGGAACCAUCCAUCUCACCUGAUGGAUGACAAGGGUGUUACAACACAACAAUAUUUUUUAUAAGGAAAAAAUUGUAUGCAUUUCAAAAAUUGGGUUCAAUAGAUAAUUACCAGUUUCAUCAA